AUGGCGAUCAACACCCGCCCGCUCUUGGUAGCGGCUCUCACUAUGACAGCAGGACUGGCAACCGCUGGUCAGCACGGUGAAUCAUUCUCAACAUGUGGCACCAACGCCCACGGCGAACCACGCCAGCUUGCAGGAGUCGGGAUCAUCCCCGCCGAUGCACUUGAAUACCGUCUCACAGACGAGCACAUCGCGGCACUGAGCGAACCUCAACGCAAACUUCUGAAAGAGUUUGAGCGUCUGGUCUAUACCGAAGACGAGAUGGCACCGCAUGUCUGUAUGCACCCAGAUACCGACCCGAAAGUGGCCGAAGCAUUUGAACUCUUCCUCAACGACCUCUGGUUUGCAAACUCUCCCAACUCCUUCAUCCUGAGUAACCGCUGGACUUCAACAGCAACAGACGGCGGCGGACUCGGUCAGGGAGAUCCAACCACGCUCCGUUACUCGUUCAUUCCAGACGGCACCAACAUCGUUGGUGAAGGGUCAUCAAAUCUCCACAGCUUCUUUGACGGCCGUAUCGGCGCAGGAAACUGGGAACCACUCUUCCAGCAAGCUCUCGACGCUUGGGGAGACCUCUCAGGUCUCACCUAUGUCUACGAGCCAAACGAUGACGGUGUGAACCUCAGCAGUGGCGGCAACCCAGGAAUCAUCGGUGUCCGUGGUGACGUCCGCAUCGGCGCCAACUUCAUCGACGGCAACAGCGGCGUCCUCGCAUACAACUACUUCCCCAACGGCGGUGACAUGGUCAUCGACUCUGGAGACGGCUCGUUCUAUGGAAGCAGCUCCAACAACUACAUCCGUCUCCGCAAUGUGGUUACACACGAAGCCGGUCACGGAAUCGGUCUGGCACAUGUUGAGUCCGACUCCAACCGAUUCCUCAUGGAACCGUUCAUUGAUAUCUCAUUCAGCGGUCCUCAGAUCGACGAUAUCCGCGGCGCUCAGCGUGGCUACGGCGACAUGGAUGAGAAUAACAACAACAUCAAUCAAGCAAGCCCGCUUCAAGACCUCACUCUUGGAGGCGGUGGCUUUGUUGGUGGAAACUUCAAAAUCAUCACAUUCCGCUCCACAGACGACAACUCUGACUUCGAUUACUACUCAGUACCAACCGGUGAGCCUGUAACGAUGAAUGUGCAGCUCACACCCCAAGGUGGCACAUACCAAAUCACCGGUCAGGGCGGUGGUGGCGGCGGCUCAUUCUUUAACGCAAACGCGGUAUCAAACCUUGCGUUCUCCGUGCGUGAUGCGAACAGCAACAUCAUUGUUGAUGUGGACGACACAGGUGCAGGACUCUCCGAGUUCGCAAGCGUCGAACUGCCUGACCCAGGUCAGUACUACAUCGUCGUUGACGGUGGUAGCACCAACGGCACGCAGCUCUUCAGCUUGACCGUCACAUUCGCGACUCUCGAAGUUGAAGAAGAAUGCCCGGCUGACUUCACCGGAGAAGGCUCAUUGAACUUCCUCGAUGUCUCCGCAUUCUUGACCGCGUUCGGGAAUCAAGAUUCCAGUGCUGACUUCGUUGCUGACGGCAACUACAACUUCCUUGAUGUCUCUGCAUUCUUGACAGCAUUCAGCGAAGGUUGCCCAUAA